AUGCUGCUACGAACUAGUUUUUACGAUCGAACAACAUCCGUGUGGGAGGAAAUAUGGAGUGAUCAUUUACAUCAUGGAUAUUAUACAAAAACGACCAAAAAUAAUUAUGAAGCGCAAGUGGAAAUGAUUGAACAAUUAUUAAAAUUUAAUGUUGGAUGUGGAAUUGGUGGAAGUUCAAUGUAUAUAACACAACACUAUCUGGGUGUUCAAUGUUAUGGAAUAACCAUUAGUUCAAAACAAGUUCAAACUGCCAUUAAUAAUGCACAAAAGAUGAAACUGACUGAUACAUGUGAAUUUCAACUAGCAAAUGCUUUAUCAUUACCAUUUCCAAAUGAAAUAUUUGAUAUUGUUUACUCAAUGGAAAGUGGCGAACAUAUACCAGAUAAACGAAAGUUUAUGAGCCAAAUGAACUAUGUUCUGAAAUCCGGUGGGGAUUUAUUCAUGAUGGCAACAUGGUGUCAUAGAACAGUUUAA